UUCGUUACAGUGACAUCGUUUGGCAGGCUUGAAAUAAAUAAUAAAAAAAUGUUACUGAAUGAACCACCCAUCUCUUGUGGGUAGUGGCGUUCAGCUCGUCUUUUUUAUACCCCGGAACAGCACUCUUAUCUCGUGAUUCAUGAUGCUGCGCAAGUGAUGUUAUUUUUUUAAAUAUAUUCGCGCAAGUAUGAGUAGGCCUGCUUUAUCUAAUGUAAAUGAUCAAAACAGGUAAUGUGAUGUGACCGCUACAGAUUGUAUUUGUUUUGUUUUACGACACAGCUCUCUGCUCUCAGCACAGCGAACAAUGAAUAUUACAGGAAAAACAGCACUGUAAGCGGCCCUAAGGCAACAGAAGACCAGGUCUGGCCACCCAGGCCCAGGGAGGGUGCAGGGUUCUGGGUGUAGGGUGCCCUGACCACUGGGCCUAUGGAGCAGAUCCACUGGGUGAGACGCCGCUGGCAGCAGCUGGUGGCCGCAGAUUCAGGUCGAGGCCAGUACUCGGCCCCUGCCGCCCUACCCACCAAGAGUUCCCCAGUGCUCCACAACACACAGCUGCUCACCGGCAAACGGAGGACGGUCAUCGCCCGGCACGGACGCCACCAGCAUGAGUACCACAGCAUCUCCAAGGGGUGCCAGGGCAACGGCAUCCGCACCACCAAGUACAGCCUUCUGAGCUUCAUUCCCAUGAACCUGUUCCAGCAAUUCCACAGGGUGGCCAACCUGUACUUCCUGUUCCUGGUGAUGCUGAACUGGAUCCCAGUGGUGGAGGCUUUUCAGAAGGAGAUCACUAUGAUUCCCCUGGUAGUGGUGCUCAUCGUCAUCGCCAUCAAGGAUGCCCUGGAGGACUACCGCCGCUACCGCUUUGACCAGAAGGUCAACAACAACAUCGUUACAGUGUACAGCGGGAAACAGCAGACGUAUGUGGACCAGCGUUGGCAGGAUGUCCAUGUGGGGGACUUUGUCCGUCUGUCCUGUAAUGAGAUCAUCCCUGCAGACAUGCUGCUGCUGUACUCCUCUGACCCCCACGGCGUCUGCUACAUCGAGACGGCCAACCUGGACGGGGAGACCAACCUCAAACAGAGACAACUGGUCAGAGAUCUGCCACGACAGGGUUCUGAGUUGACUCCAGAGAACUUCCACAGCCGCAUUGAAUGUGAGAACCCCAACAACGACCUCAGCCGGUUCCGAGGUUUCAUGGAGUACCCCAAUAAGGCUCGUGUGGGCUUACACAACAACAACCUCCUUCUGCGAAGCUGCACCAUCCGCAACACGGAGACCGUCAUAGGCAUUGUGGUCUAUGCAGGUCACGAGACCAAAGCCAUGAAGAACAACAAUGGACCGAGGUAUAAACGCAGUAAAUUGGAGCGCAGGCUGAACGUGGACGUGCUGUGGAGCGUUGUCCUGCUGGUCAUCAUGUGUCUGACUGCAGCUAUAGGCCAUGGUCUCUGGCUCAGGAACCUGAAGGACGCUUCCUUUCUGAUCCCUGACACCACGUCUCCUGCCCUGUCUGGCUUCUACCUGUUCUGGACCAUGAUCAUAGUUUUACAGGUGCUCAUCCCCAUCUCCCUGUAUGUGUCCAUCGAGAUCGUCAAACUGUGUCAAAUCUUCUUCAUCCAGAACGACGUGGACUUCUAUAAUGAGUAUAUGGACUCCAGGAUCCAGUGUCGGGCCCUGAACAUCACAGAGGACCUGGGUCAGAUUCAGUAUGUGUUCUCAGACAAGACUGGCACGCUGACAGAGAACAAGAUGGUGUUCCGGCGCUGCACCAUUGCUGGGGUGGAGUACCCCCACGAGGAAAAUGCGCGGAGGCUUGAAGUGUACGAGGAGGAUGAGGCGAUGGGUUGCUCCCACACGCUCAAGUCACGUGCCAGCGCCAAGUCCCUGAGCUGCAAGUCACUCAGCUGCAACCGCAGCUCUGUGUCCCUGCACACACUGACAGGCCACUCUGAGGGGGAGGAGUCACCCAGCCCCACCCUGCCCCGACACAGCGCCUUCAGUAGCCCCAUGGAGAAGGAUAUAGUCCCAGACCCUUUCCUGGUUCAGAAGCUGAACUGUCUGUCCUCUCCGCUCUUCCUUCUGAGGGACGCCAGUAUGGAGCUCACCUACAUCGUUGACUUCUUCAUGGCUCUGGCCAUCUGCAACACGGUAGUGGUGUCUUCUCCCAACCAGCCCCGCCAUGUGGUCCAGGUGCCUGAGGUCUCCCGUACCCCCCUUAAAUCCCUGGAGGACAUCAAGAUGCUAUUCCAGCGUUUUGGCCUCCCCCGCUUCUCCACACUCUCUCCUCCCCACACUACAGAGAGCCCUCGCAGCUUCACACGCAGGCUCUUUUCCAGAGGCAAAGCAGCCUCCUUCACCCCCAGCCCCUCCCCUACCCCCACCAAGCUGGGUACAGAGCCAGACGGGGAGCCUAACCUUGAGGCCUCCAUCCUAAGUAUCAAACCAGGGCUGGAUGGGGUCCCUGGAGGGGAUGGGGACCAAGGGUAUGAGGAGGAGGAGGGAGAGCAUGGCUCUUGGAAAGAUGAAGAGGACAAGAUGUUACACCUCAACCCAGGGGCCUGGAGUGGGCUGGAGAACUCAAACGGAGCCGAAGGCCCUCCCUGUGAACCUGGGGCAGAUGAACUGAUCUAUGAGGCGGAGAGCCCUGACGAGGCGGCUCUGGUCCACGCGGCCAGGGCCUACCGCUGCACCCUGCAGGGACGCUCACUCGAGCGCCUUCUGGUGGAGCUGCCAGGGAUGGGCAGCCUGGCUGUGCGCCUGCUCCACAUCCUGCCCUUCGACUCCACCCGCAAGAGGAUGUCUGUGGUGGUCCGCCACCCGCUCACCAACCAGGUGGUGGUCUACACCAAGGGAGCCGACUCGGUCAUCAUGGACCUGGCAGAGUCACCUAAAGGUGCUGAGCAGUCAGACGGGAGACAGGGUCACAUCAGAGAACAAACCCAGAAACACCUAGACAACUACGCCAGGGAAGGCCUUCGCACCCUCUGCAUCGCUAAGAAGGUGUUGGAGGAGGAGGAGUAUGAAAUUUGGUUGAAGCGUCAUGCAUUUGCUGAGACCAGUAUAGAGAACAGAGAGGAGCUUCUACUGGAGUCUGCACAGAGACUGGAAACCAACCUCACCCUACUGGGGGCAACAGGGAUUGUGGAUAGAUUGCAGGAAGAGGUGCCAGAGACCAUUGAGGCACUACAGAGAGCAGGGGUCAAAGUAUGGGUCCUCACAGGGGACAAACAAGAGACUGCCAUAAAUAUCGCCUGUGCCUGCAAACUGCUCAGGUCCACAGACCAACUGCUGACUGCUAACUGUGGUAGCAAGGAGGCCUGCAAGGCCUUGUUGCUGGAGCUGCGGGCGGAGGUGGAGUGUGGCGAGGCAGCUGAGGGCAUGUCAGGCUUCACCCUGGUGGUGGAUGGGCGCACGCUGGACUUCGCCCUGCAGGAGGACCUGAAAGGGGACUUCCUGGAGCUGAGCCGGCGCUGCAGGGCCGUGGUCUGCUGCCGCUCCACCCCACUUCAGAAGAGCCAUGUGGUACAACUAGUACGGGACCAGCUCCGAGUCAUGACCCUCGCCAUAGGUGAUGGAGCCAACGAUGUCAGUAUGAUCCAGGUAGCAGAUGUUGGCAUUGGGAUAUCUGGCCAGGAGGGCAUGCAGGCUGUGAUGUCCAGUGACUUUGCCAUCUCCAGGUUUAAACACCUCCGCAAGCUGCUGUUGGUCCAUGGCCACUGGUGCUACACACGCCUGGCCAACAUGAUUCUCUACUUCUUCUACAAGAAUGUGAUGUAUGUGAAUCUGCUGUUCUGGUACCAGUUCUUCUGUGGUUUCUCGGGGAGCGUCAUGACCAACUCCUGGGUGCUCAUCUUCUUCAACCUCCUCUUCACCUCCGCCCCUCCCCUUCUCUACGGGAUCCUGGACAAAGACGUGUCUGCAGAAACCCUCAUUAAGUUUCCGGAGCUCUACAAAUCCGGACAGAAUUCCAAGGCCUACCUCCCUUCUACCUUCUGGCUGACGAUGCUGGACGCUCUUUACCAAAGCCUUGUCUGUUUCUUCAUUCCUUACUUUGCAUAUGCAGGGUCAGAUGCAGACAUGCUCUCCUUUGGGUCUCCCAUCAACGCCUCGGCCCUCCUCAUCAUCCUACUACACCAGGUCAUCGAGAGCCGCACACUGACAUGGCUACAUGUGUUAGUUCUGGUGGGUAGUGCUCUCUUCUACUUCUCUUUCACCCUGGUCUUCAGUGUGGUGUGUGUGACAUGUAGUCCCCCCACCAAUCCCCUUGGUGUGGACAAGCUCCAGAUGUCCCAACCACUCUUCUAUGGAGUGUGUGGCCUCACCACCGUGCUGGCACUGCUACCAAGAUUCCUGUUCCAUGCAUUGUGCAACAGCAUCUCCCCCACUGACACACUGAAGGCUGCUCUGAUGGACCAGCUCAACCCAGACAACUACUGUAGGAGGAUGCAGCGCUGGAACCAGACCCAGGCCCAGAGUAAAGCCAGGGGCCUCGUCAUCAACGUGGAAGACUUGGACAUCAAGAUCCCUGACUUUAUACUCCCUAAAGAGCUGAAGGAAUGCAGAGCUGCCACUGGCUCUGUGUUCUCCUGACCUCAGAGGCUACAGGAGAUGGCUACCAUAGAAAUAGAAAGAAAAGAAUAGUUCCCAUUCAAGUCAUUGAUGGCAUAAUUGGUGGACAUGUGGCCAUUGUGAGUGUACUCAUAGGAGCAAAGAAGGAAGUAAAAGCAGGAAGUAGAAGCUGGAAAUGUACCCAUCAAUCUGUGCUGUGAUUUGUUGAAUUAACUCAACUGACAUUACAAAAAAUACAUUCCAUUGCAUGAGCCACAUCAGUUAACAUCAUUUGAAUGAACAUUAUACAUUAACAUGGAAAUUCUUUCAUCACAAUACCAGGCAGGCAUUGCUAGAGUACCCAUGAGUUUACCAGUCAAAUUGCAAGGGUUAGAGGUUCCAAGUCUGUGCUAUUCAUUAUUUACAUGGUGGCUACAGGGUUCAACCCUAACACCCUUCAAAGCUAGCUGGCUAUCCAGGGCAAAGAGAUGGAUGUUUCUCAUGUGCCUAGAGUGGCAUUAACAUGGAGUCAUGGUCCCUUGAGAAAAGAUUGGUGAUGUGGACACCUAGAUAUUCAUAAACGUGUCUGCUGUACGGUAGAACUUUGACACAAUCCAGUGUCCAUGGUGAAGAGGCCCCUUCAUAGUGCACUACACCCGAACACUGCUAGGUGUGGUCCACUCUGGCCCUCUUCAGUGUGCACUGAGCAUGUAGAGAACAGAAUGCUAUUAGUUAUCAUUAUUAGUUAUCAAAGCGCUGCUUUGUUGAGAAGGGUGGAAUUGUAUGCAGGAGUGGUUCAUGUUUGGAAUGUGUUUACAAUCCUUGAGCUGCCUACACUUAUUUUUAAAGUUCACAUCAAGCUAUGACUCCUUUUUUUGUUUAGGCACAACUCUUCGACGUUGGCGUUUCUUCAACAAACACUUCAAAAUAACAUUGUAAAUUAUGCAUUUGAAGAGCUAGACCAAAUCAAAAUGCUGUAAAGUGGCCUUUUCCUCCUGAAUCACACUUGAAUUCAUUUGACUGGAGUUGAAAUGGAUUUGGCAUGGACCUGACCUUUCUCACCACUGUUUCCCUCUGACCUGUAGUUGAGUAAAGCAGUCCACUAAAACAUGGGAUAUAUUUAUUUAACAUGUAUUUCCUUGUUGAGAUGCAAUCUCUUUUUGAGAAAGUCCUGACCAAAGUGGCAGCACAUGUUUAGUUACAAGACAAGAACCAAAAUGCUAUGUACAGUUACACACUGACAAAAUGAAAAUGAAAUGUGGGAAUUGAUUGAGGGCAUGGGGCUUCUAAAGCAAGACAACCAAAAGUGCAACUUAGUAGGCCUAAGUGCAGGAGGAGGAUUCAGGUAUGGCCCUCUAUAUGUGAAGUAGGCAGUGGUGUAAAGUACUUCAGUAAAAAUACUUUAAAGUACUACUUAAGUUGUUUUUUGGGGAUAUUUUUACUAUUUAUAUUUUUGACAACUUUUACUUUACUACAUUCCUAAAUAAAACAAUGUACUUUUUACUCCAUACCUUUUCCCUGACACCCAAAAUAAUCAUUACAUUUUGAAUGCUUAGCAGGACAGGAAAAUUGUCCAAUUCACACACUUAUCAAGAGAACAUUCCUGGUCAUCCCUACUGCAUUUGAUCUGGUGGACUCACUAAACACAAAUGCUUUGUUUGUAAAUUAUGUCUGAGUGUUUGAGUGUGCCCCUGGGUAUCUGUAAAUUAAAAAACACAUUGUGGUUUGCUUAAUAUAAGGAAUUUGAAAUGAUUUAUACUUUUGAUACUUAAGUAUAUUUUAGCAAUUACAUUUACUUUUAAUACUUAAGUAUACUUAAAACCAAAUACUUUUAGACUUUUACUCAAGUAGAAUUUUACUAGGUGACUUUCACUUUUACUUGAGUCAUUUUCUAUCAAGGUAUCAUUAAGUAUGACAAUUGGGUACUUUUUCCACCACUGGAAGUAGGCUUUACAAAUGUUCUCUUGAGUUUGCCUGGAUAAGGCAUUGGCAUUCAUAUCUACUUCUGAGAAGUGACGUUUUUCUCUACCACAUGCAAUUCUGACCUGGUUAGGUCUUUUUUAGACAGAUCAUCCUCAGUAUUUUAUGUGGUAACAUUAGACUGAUGUAAAAAAAAAUAUAUAUAGAUUUUUACAGUACAAUCCUGCAUAUCAAAUCCUGUACAACAGCUGAUUUGAAUAUAGUCCAAUUGGAAAAGUUUCAGAGCAAUGAUUAGAAAUCAUUAUUUUAUAUCAACUUAAUUCCAAAUGUGUGUACUGUAUCAGAUAUUGGUAUAAAUACAUUAGCAACUCA